AAUUGGACGAUUCCCAACCCUAAUUUUCACCUUCAGUCUCCAGCGACUGUAUCCGACUCUGCACAACCCUGCAACUUCCUCUGCUCUCUCAUCCCUCAUUGACAUUGAGCAGCAGAAAGCUCACAACUUUGGAGGAGUGACAAUGAAGCUGUUUGAGGUCAAUGGAAGCACUCUCUCCCUUGCUCUCUUCACUGAUGUUACUAAUUCCAAGGAACUGCUUGAUUCUAUGCAAGCUGCAACACUAGAUCCAGAAGUGGCAUUUCUGAAUGCUUCACUUAUUUCAGAUGUUUUCCCUUUGCUUGCAGCUGCUCAUAAGACACUCAUAUCCAAGUCACGAGACUCACUGACAACACGCACUCUUCAUUCUGAGCUUGUUUACAACUACUCAGGAUCCAAGCAUAUCACAGAAUCCUUGAAAAGAUGUGGCAUCUCUGAAAAUUCAACUUAUGUGCUUGCUGCUCGUUUCAAUGCUACAUCUGAUGAGAUAGAACAGAAAGUAGUGGAGAAACUUGUCAAUGGGAAAGAGAUUGAUAUGGAUGAGCUAGGAGGGAGAGCAGACCAAGCACAGAUACAGAAGCAUUAUAAGAUAACUAGCCAGGAGUUGGGGAUAUCCUCACUUGCUGAUGCUAUUACAUGCCGGAUUGCUGCUCGUGAUGCAUUGUGAGAAGAAAACUCGUAACUUGUUUGAUGAUGUUCUAGAUUGAGGGUACUAUUAGGUGUCUAAUGGGAUUAUGGGAACUAGAAAGUGGAGGAUUUCACUGUUUAGGAAAUUGAACUGUCCGCUGGUGUAUAACAGUUAUUUAUUGAAAAGCUGGAAUUCUAAAUUUGAGGUUCAGUCAGUGAUUUAUGUUGGCGAUAUUCUUAGAGA